AUGUCGAAAGAACUAUCCCCAGUCUUCGACACAACUCUAACCCUCAUCGGACAAUUCCAAGAAGCCCUCGCCACACCCCCACCAGCCCCAACCGAACCCGCAAAAGAUGCCGACGCUCUACCCCUCCUAACAGCCUCGUCGAGCGCACUCAAAGCCCACGUCACAAAACUCUCCCUGCUGGCAAUUACCACACCCUUUACGCAUUCUGCCGUUGCCACCAUCCUGCGCGAGCUCAACGAGGCCGUACUGCCGUCGCUCGUCACCGCGGCACUUCUCGUUACCCCGACGCAAUACACCAAGGCAUUUCACUCUGAAGUCUUGGUUCUAGCCAAAACUGCGUUUACGGAGCUACAUGGGCUUGUUCGGGAGGUUCGGCGCGUUGGAGAGGGAAAGGAUCAGGAAAAGAAGGAUGGCGUGAAGGAGCGCGAUGUGACAAAAUCCGAGAAAGAUGCUGUCAUGCUUGCUACUGGCCGUGUCUGGGAUGCUUGUGAUACAGCGACUGAUGUCGCUGGAAAGGGCGUUGUUGGAUUUGUUAUGCAACGCGUUGAGCAGUGGAGGGAUUUGGUUCGCGAUGCGGUUGAGGAGAUUGAGGAUUGGGAUCCUGAAGAGGAGGGCGAUGAGUUCUUUGAUGAAUUUUCUGAUGAGGAAGGGAAAGGAGCGGACGAUGAUGACUCGAAGGAUGACGACGAAGACGAGACCGCUGCUCUCGAGCAGCACAAAAAAUCCACGCUUCGUUUCAUCAAGCCUCUUGCCCUGGUUUAUCCGGCUAUCAUCAACAAUCGAUUGAAGAACGCUGGGAAUGCGCCGUUGGCCGCUGAGGGUGGUGUCAAGAAGCUGGAAUCCCUGAUGCUGAACCUGAAGGCUAUUCCGGACGAUGUCGAUGAGGCGGCUGGCGCAUUGUACGAGGCCGAUUUCGAGAAGUCGACUCAGUAUCUGCAGAAGAUAAGGAAAUGCGCCACACAAGCUGUGGAAUUGGUUGCAUUGCCCUGGGACGCUGUGGAUUCUAAGGACGACACAACAGCAGACAAGUUUUCUACAUGGGCGAAGACGUGGCUCAAGGUGAUUGACGAAGUCAGCAAGCCAACUGGGAAAAUCACUGAAUGA